AUGGCCAACAACAUCGAAGCUGCUGUUUUCGGCGGCGCGUGCGACGUAGUGCCGUGGAAAGAUGCCUGCAAAGCGCAGCCUGUCUUUGACAAAGCAUCUCGGUCCUACAAGCAAGUCGUCGAGAUCGCAGCCAAUUCUUCUCAGCCACUGGAAGCGUACACCAUCACUUCUGGACAGGCAAAGGGCUAUCGUGUGCUCUUACUGGCGCCUGCAUCGAAACUCGGGCUCUUCGGUCUGCCCAUCGAACUGCGAGAGAUUAUCUACGCUCACGUUCUUGUCAAUCCGCUCAUCGUGGAACUGAAGUUCUUCGAUCCCUCUCCAGGAAAGCAUAGGAUCGUCCAAAAGAGCUUUCCAGACCACACGGCCAGGUACCCUGACCCGAGCAAGGACUGGGACAGACACCAGGGAAAGUGGAAGACUCGGGGUCGCAAUGCAAUCUCCCUCCUACUACUCAACAAAGAGAUCACGGCGGAAGCUCUCAAAAUCCUCCAUGGCGCAAAUACGUUCCGAAUCGAUUGCACAAGGCUUCUUGAACAUUUCUUGACGGAGCUCACAGGCAGAGGUCAGGUUCAGCAUCUCCGACAUAUGCAGAUCGGCAAGAACACCAUCAGCGUCGGAACCCUGCAAGAGAUGCUCACGACUGUGGAGCUCGCACCCAACCUGCGCACGAUUCAGGUAUCGCUGCCACGUACCUGGAUCAAAGCGCCAAAAAAACUCCUGCGCGCAUGCGAGCCGCUGCUUCAAAAGGCGCAAGGUCAAGGGCGUGGUGGAAUGAUCAGCCGCCAAAUCGAGCACUUCGUGUCCGAGAUCGCUUGUACCUGUGCGGGCUGCAAGUUCCGCGUAGGUGAUGAGCUCGUGGACACAGCACGGCAAUGCAGUGAUUACCGGAAGAUUGCUGCGCGGCUUUCCCAGUGCAAGAAGACCGCUGCCAGAGUCGCGGAGGACGAGAAGUUCUGGAAAGACUUCAGUGAUCUUGUCAAAGCCAAGUACGGCACCAGAGCAGCUGGCUCGGCCACUUCUGCUUGA